GAGAAGCAAAGGCCGAAGAUGAUUGGCCCAAAGAGGGUUUGCCCCGCCCCAAUCACCGCGGCAGCUGGCCGCGGUGGGCGGGGGGGGUUCCUCCGCCGGAGGGUUUAAAGGGCACCUCCGUGAGGGCCCCUCAACGGGAGCGACCGACCGGUGCCAGGCCAGGUGUGCGCGUCCGUCGGUCCUUCCGUGCCCGCGCCGGAGACCAGCCCCGGAGGCCGCCCGGGCCCGUCCCUGUGCCCGGCACCAUGAAGCAGGAGUCCGCAGCCCAGAACACCCCGCCCCCCUCGCCGUCCCCGGCCCCAUCCGCGCAGUACCCCGGGGAGGAUGGCGACCCUCCAGCACUUUGGAUUUUCGGGUACGGCUCCCUGGUGUGGAGGCCCGACUUCGCUUACAGUGACAGCCGUGUGGGUUUCGUGCGCGGUUAUAGCCGCCGUUUCUGGCAGGGAGACACCUUCCAUCGGGGCAGCGACAAGAUGCCUGGUCGUGUGGUGACCCUCCUUGAAGAUCAUGAGGGCUGCACUUGGGGCGUGGCAUACCAGGUUCAAGGUGAACAGGUGAGCGAGGCCCUAAAGUACCUGAAUGUGCGGGAGGCAGUGCUUGGCGGCUAUGACACCAAGGAAGUCACUUUCUAUCCUCAAGAUGCACCCGAUCAACCACUCAAGGCAUUGGCUUAUGUGGCCACCCCACAGAACCCUGGCUACCUGGGCCCUGCUCCAGAAGAGGCCAUUGCUACACAGAUCCUGGCCUGCCGAGGCUUCUCUGGUCACAACCUUGAGUACUUGCUGCGUCUUGCAGACUUCAUGCAGCUGUGUGGGCCUCAGGCACAGGAUGAACAUCUGGAAGCCAUUGUGGAUGCUGUGGGCAACAUGCUGCCCUGCUUCUGUCCGACUGAGCAGGCUCUGGCACUGGUCUGAGAGGCUGAGCCCCUGCAGGGAGUGCCCAUGUGGACAUCAGGGCCAGGUGCCCACCACAGUGCUUGAGACAGACUUGAUAACAACCAGAACUCCUGAGAGGACAUGGUGGACAACUGAGGGCUUCUCUUCCUGAGCCCCUGUCAGUCUGCCAACUUCCAGCUCUCCUGCUUGACACUGACUUACUACUUGACACUUUAUUUAUUGCACCAUGUUGGUGUGGUGGCAGGGUGGGUGGGGGGCCUGCCCUGGACAUGGGCCCUGCUGUGCGGUGGCUCCACCUCAGGUCCUGGUGCCUGACCAGAUUCCCCCCAUUGCUGCUGCUAACCCCACACUACCCAGGCCUCCACCUCCCCAGGGAGCCUCUAAGAGCCGUGAUCUUCUGUCCAUCCAGACCAACCACUUCUCAACCUUGGAAAUAUUACCUGCCCAAGUUCCCAGCCAGCAGGAGGGGCAGUGGGGAGUGAGGAGAGGGAGCCCUACAAGGACUGAGGCCCUUGCAAGUCCCACUUACCUACUAGACUCCCAGGGCAGAGCUGGAUCUGAUGCCUAGACAAAACUGCUGAGACGGGGCCUGGGACUCUUACCUUUUUGGUUUUGUUUCCCUAACCCUGUCUGUCUGUCUGUCUAUCCGGACCACUUUUGUGUAUCUGUUGGUCUCUUCCUAAGAAGCUUAUCACUACAGGUCCUGGCUCCUUCCCUCUCUGUCUCAUACUGUUAUCCAUAAAUUGAUCUCUUAUUAUCUCUGCUGUGCUGAAUUGUGGUUCUUUCUUUACAUGAGGUUUGGGGUAAGCAAGAGGUAAACUCUGGAAGUUUCCUAAGGAGGGAAAAGGCUUGGACCCUACACCAGGUCCUCCUCCAGCUGCAGGAACAACUGCUGACUCUUCCUGACGGCUAAGCCAGAACUCUCUGGCUUAUUGCUAAAGGAUCAUGGGGGUUUAGGGUAUGGUGAUGACAACUUCUGGGGCAACAUUGACAGUGGGAUUCUGUGGCCUGAGGACCUGAUGUUCCUUUUACUUUCAGAGUCCAAGUGCUCACUGCUACCUCCUGGGGCUACAGUUAUUGGCUGUCCCUUCUCCUGACCCAAGCUACUAGGACUUGCACAUAAUGGGAUGAGUUGCCAGGUUGCCCUCUUGCUGCUGCUUAUUUACCCGCUGCCUCUCCCUGUAUACUCUUCCUCAUGUUCCUGGUCCCUGGGGGUAGGUGACAGAUCUGCUCCUCCUCAACAGUGAAUGAGUGGCUCCUACUAGGAACUCCUGGACCUGCAGGAUGGGGGUGGGACCGAGAUGACAGGUUUUAGCAGAAGAGUCUCUGUCCAAAUCACCCCUUUCCUCACUACCCAGAGACCUCAAGAGAAGUACUCAGUUCUCUGAGCACUUCACCCUAUGAGGGGACAGUCCCCAUGAAAUGAUGGAUGGGGACAGGCUGUGUGGUAUGUGCUGCUGUUGUGGUCAGUGCCCUGGAUUGGUCUGGGUGUCCUCAGCAGGGUCAGUUUUGAUCAAGUUGGGCAAGUGUUGUACCUGGGGAGGGUGCCAUGCUGAGUUGUGUGCCCAGGUUUUGGCAGCCUUGUAAUCUUGGCCAUUGAUGGGAAAAGGGUGGAGUUCAGCCAGGUUCUUCUGGGAACCUGGUCAGGACAACAGAACAAGAGGAGACAGGUGGCAGGGAUCCCUGGGCAGCUACCUCUGGGGCCACUUGUGCCAAAGAAGAGCCCUGCUCUAGGCUGGAGGUUGAAUGGGGUAGGGAGGGCUGCUUGCCAGCUACACAUGGAUUCUCAUUUCUCAAGUCAUUGUGUCAGGCACUGUUCUAGGCACUGAGGAUACAACAAUAAAAGGGUGU